AUGUACCUGUAUGACACACUGAAAAGUUCUUUUGGUAAGGUACAACACGGUGUGGUAAACUCGGACAGUAUAACAGUAAAGAACAUUAUUAGAGAUGUUGGUGGUGUAUUAGAAACUGCGGUAUCUACAGAUGGAUAUGAGAAUAUAGGAUGUUAUUUAGAUACACCGCAAGGAACCAUCGAAUUUUGGCCAAAUAAUAAUUCUACCGAACGAUAUGUACUGAGAGAUGGAGUAAAAGCAGUAUCUAAUUGUUCAGUCGAUGUAAUGAAAUUAACUAAAAAUGACACAGGUCGUUGGAAACUAUAUUUCACUGUGGAAGGGGAAGAAAAGAAAUCCCAAAUUUACCAAUUAACUGUUAACGACGACCCAGAAAAUCCAAUUAUUGAUGAAAAUAGAGGAGUAGAUAUUUUAGACACACAAUUCUUUAAUGUAACAAUUGGUACGAGUCAUGAAAUAGUAAUUGAAGACCAUCCACUUAAUACCAAAGAGAGUUGCCAUAUAAGAACACCAAAAGGAUUGCAAUAUACUAUUAUGGAAGGUUUCCACAUUCCUGGAAUUGAGGUGUUAGAAGCAGAUCCCAAUAUGGCUUGCGGUAUUAUUGUCAAUGUCAAAAACGAGGAAUUGAUUGGCGAAUGGGUAUUAAUUGCCAGGAUUGUGAGACUUUUCGAUCCAGUGGAAAUAAGAUUGCCAUUCACUAUAUACGUAGAAGAGGUAGUCCAAGCAGCACAUCAAGAAGUUACUAUAACUGAAGGUACGGAUCUUUACCUCCGUCUACAGAAACCAACAGAACUUAGUGAUUCUUGUAAACUUUACGGGCCAAGGGACAAUUUAACCAAUGUUGAAAGAGACAAAAAUUAUAAUGAUACGUGUGGAUAUGUUGUCAAAAAUAUACAACAGUUCGAUAGUGGAAAAUGGGAAAUACGAUACGGAAUCGGAAUUAAAUACAGGGCCUACACUGAAGUAACAGUUAUAGCGGCAUGGAACAAAACGACUGCAGAUUUAGAAUUUGUUUUUGAUAGAUCUGUUGAAGUUGUAAUUGGACCUGAUAACGCGAUAUACUGCAAAGUCGAAGAUCCAAGUGAGGAUAUCAUAUUCGAGGGCUCUGGGAAUUGUACUAUUGUUCUGGAAAAAGCUAUGGAGCAUCACAAUGGAAAUUGGACUAUGACCGUAGGAUUUCCAGGAAAAGUAGUCACUGAAGAGUAUUUCUUUAAAGUUAGAGUAAUUGAAGCAGAACCGAAAGCCACAGUUACUACUUUCGUCGAGAUGCAACAAGAAGAAGUUAUGCUGAAAUGCUCAGUGCCAACGGAGUAUGAAGUAAAAGCAUGCAAUUUCCGCAAGCCUUCUGGUCGCGUUGUCUUUGCCUCUCCAGGGGUGGGAGAAAGCCAUUACACUUUCUAUGGCGUAGGAACAAGUAUGGAAUCGAAACCAAGAAUUCAUGACUGUGGUUUAAAAAUUUCAAACCCUGAAACUUUUGAAGAUUUUGGUAUGUGGCGGUGCGCAAUUGAAACUACAAAUGACACAUACUACGGUUUUCUGAGAGUAUAUCCAUAUCCAGAAGUGAAGGAGCACCCUGAAGUGUCUGCCUAUAUCAUAUCGGAACCAACCCUCGUCACUGUCCCUAACUACCGUACCAUCGAAGCUGUGGAGGGUGACACAGUAACGAUGUCAUGCUCAAUAGAUUCAGAUAUCCAGUACUGUUUCUUCAGAUCGCCCAACGGAACCAUUUUUAGUGUUACAUCUGGCACAACAUCAGAGAAUUGGGAGUACGUUGGGGCCGGUUUGGAUGCAGGGGAAUGUGGUGUCGCGUUCAAAAACCUGUUGGCUUCUGACAGUGGCACAUGGAGUUGUCAAGUCGGUUUGCAUGACCAGCCCGAGCAAACAACAAACAUAUCUGUUUAUAUACACGAGGCGAUCGUGGCGUAUCAGACGAAUGACCCGAACACAGUCAUGGUACAUGCGGAAGUGUAUCUCAAACGUCCGCUGGAUUAUUGCAGAUUUGUACGCAGUGAUGGUUUCGGUUUUUCAUCAUCAAAUCUACCUGCCAAUUAUAACACUUACAAUUCAUUAGACAAUCUAAUGUUGACUAGAUAUUGUUCGCUUCAUAUCAGAAAACCCACCAUAUUGGACCAGCAGCCAUGGACAGUAUUCGGCAGGAUCAGGGGACUAUCCACGGAAAUUCAAGGACGCUCUAAAAUUUUGAGAUCAGAGUCUCCAGUGGCAGUGAAAUCUUACACACUAUGGAUUAUGUCACUUUGCCUAAUUAGCAUACUUUUCACGCUGGCUCUGAUGCUUAUCCCGGAGAACAACCGCCGCAGAUCGAUUCGAGUAGCGGCGUUUGUUAGAAACAGUUUCCGUAAAAGCUUCCAGAAGAAAUUAUUGAGUGACUCCUCCACUGCUGUUACCACACCUUCUUCAUAAUGUUAUAUUUAAUUUGUAAUGCUCCCAUGUGAAG